GGGACAGCCCGGCCGAGGGGUCCCGGUGGGCUCCGGCCGGCGAACGCUGCCCCGCCGCCGGUCCGGGGGGCUCCGCCGGAGGACGGGGAGGAGCCGGGCUGAGGGGGCUCCGGCAGCGCCAGCCCGCGCCGCGCCGCGUCCCCGGCGGCAUGGGAGGAGAGCGGAGCGCGGCAGGGAGCCGCCCGCCGGGCCCCGGCAUUGGCGGCGGCGCAGCAGCGCUGGCAGCGGCGGCGCCGGGAGCCGCGGCCGCCGAGGGGAGGGGUCCGGCUCCGUGCGGUCGCGGCGGAGCCGGCGCUGCGGCAGCGGCAGCGCGGCGGGGCGGAAGUCCUUUGUUGCAGCCGCGGCGGCAGCGGCAGCAGCAGCAGCGGCGGGAGCGGCGCGGGCACAGCUCCCCGUCGGCGGCCGCCGCCUCUCCCCGAGCCGCGGGCUGUAAUCGAAGUACAAGAUGGCAAAAACCAGCCAUAGCAACUAUGUCCUUCAGCAGCUAAACAAGCAAAGAGAGUGGGGCUUUCUGUGCGACUGCUGCAUCGCUAUCGAUGAUAUUUAUUUUCAAGCACAUAAAGCAGUCCUUGCUGCCUGCAGCGCCUAUUUUAGGAUGUUUUUUAUGAACCAUCAAAACACUACAGCCCAGCUGAAUCUAAGCAACAUGAAGAUUAGUGCUGAAUGCUUUGAUCUUAUUUUACAGUUCAUGUAUUUAGGAAAAAUUAUGACAGCCCCUGCCAAUUUUGAGCAAUUUAAAGUGGCCAUGAACUAUUUACAGCUAUAUAACGUACCUGAGUGUCUAGAAGAUAUACAGGACACAGACUCAUCUAGUUUAAAAUGUUCAUCUCCUGCUUCUAGCACGCAGACUAGUAAAAUGAUAUUUGGUGUGAGAAUGUAUGAAGACGCACUUGCUAGAAAUGGCAGCGAAGCAAACAGGUGGGGCAUGGAGCCACCAAGUUCAACGGUAAAUACAUCCCAUAACAAAGAGCCUGAGGAAGAAACUUUGCACCUCAACAGCUUCCCCGAGCAACUGUUUGAUGUCUGCAAAAAAAGCACCACGUCCAAAUUCUCUCACACAAAGGAGCGCGUGUCACACUCGCGCCGGUUUGGAAGGAGCUUCACCUGCGACAGCUGCGGGUUUAGUUUUAGCUGUGAAAAGCUACUGGAUGAGCACGUGUUAACAUGCACCAACAGGCAUUCCUACCAAAGUGCCAGGUACUACAGUGCUGAGAAAAUAGACUUUAGUGAAAAGAACUCUACUUCUAAAAUGACCUCCACACAAACAGAAAAAUACAAGGGGGACUCAAACCAUGCUGCGGACGAUUCAUCAUCUCCCGUGUCAAACAUCACGAGCAGAAAAAGCAGCACUGUUGCCUCCGAGACAUCAGGUGAAGAAGGAAGUAGAGCCUCUGAGAGGAAGAGGAUUAUCAUCAAGGUAGAGCCAGAGGACAAUCCUACGGAUGAGCUGAAGGAUUUUAAUAUUAUCAAGGUGGCAGAUAAAGACUGCAAUGAGUCUUCUGACAAUGAUGACCUAGACGAUGAGCAGGAAGAGCCGCUUUACAGAUACUACGUCGAGGAAGAGAUGAGAGAGAAGAGAAAUGCUCGGAAGACUCUAAAGCCUCGUUUAUCCAUGGAUGAGGAUGAAAGAAAGUGUUUGAAAAGUCCACGGCACCUUAACAGCAAGGCUUCUUCAGUGCAGGAAGAUGUGGAGAAUGCUCCCUGUGAACUUUGUGGGCUAACAAUCACUGAGGAAGAUCUGUCCUCUCAUUAUUUAUCCAAACACAUAGAAAAUAUAUGUGCUUGUGGCAAGUGUGGUCAAAUACUGGUCAAAGGCAAGCAGCUACAGGAGCAUGCACAGACCUGUGGAGAACCCCAAGAUCUGACCAUGAACGGGAUCAGAAAUUCUGAGGAGAAAAUGGACUUGGAAGAAAACCCCGAGGAGCAGUCAGAAAUAAGGGACAUGAUGUUUGCAGAGAUGCUAGAGGACUUCAGGGACAGUCACUUCCAAAUGAACAGCCUUCAAAAAAACCAGUUAUACAAGCAUUCUGCCUGUCCUUUCCGAUGCCCUAAUUGCGGCCAGCGUUUUGAUACUGAAAACCUAGUGGUUGAACAUAUGUCAAACUGCCUGGAGCAAGAUCUGUUCAAGAACUCCAUGUUGGAAGAGAACGAGAGGGAUCACAGGCGUAAGCAUUUCUGCAACCUUUGCGGGAAAGGAUUUUAUCAGCGUUGCCACUUGCGGGAACACUAUACCGUUCAUACCAAGGAAAAACAGUUUGUUUGUCAGACAUGUGGGAAGCAGUUCUUAAGAGAGCGCCAGUUGCGGCUCCACAAUGAUAUGCACAAAGGCAUGGCCAGUAGUGAAAUAGGGACUUCUAAGCUUCUGAACAACUGAGAGAACCAGAUUUGGAGAAGACAUGAGGAAGAAGUGGUCGGCAAAAGAUUUCAUAAAAACUCAGAACCUCGUGUGCCAGAUCUGAAUUGGCACCACCUUUGCUUUUUUGACAUACUGCAGCAGUCGCAAAAGGCACCAAAGCAGUCAAAUUAGAACAUGCAGUAAAAGUCGUUUUGGACUCUUCUAUGUAUCAUAAAUCUUACUUCUUUGUGACUAUUACUUACAGCUGUAAGAAACAAAUUCGAAGUCUUUCAUGGAGCAGACAGCCAAAAGAGGCAGAUGCCAGGUGUUCAGGGCUGCACUGAAAUGAAUUUGCAAAAUUUCUAUCCACACGCUGGAGUGCUCCUUUUCUGAAAUGUGGCUUCUUAGAGUUGCUGUCAAAAACUGUGUAGUUUUUUAGUUCAAACAUUACAAGUGUAUACUCAUGCACAAUGCUAAACUAUCAAGUGUUAUAAAAAAAAAAAAAAAAGAGUAAGAGGUGAAAAAAAAUCUUAAAAACUGAGGACAGAGGGUCCCUGAGAAAGGACAGGAUGGUGAGAGAGAUCCAGCUACAUGAUUUCCCCUGCUGUCAUGAUCAUCAUUUGCAAGCUGAAGAGGACCUUCCAUGGAGCACAGUGCUUGUAUGUGGAGAGUAAAGAAAUGGUGCUCUGAUCUUUUAAAAAGAAUGGUGAAAAUUUUUUACCAACAAGGAGAUGAGUAAAUGUAAAAUAAUCUUCACAGGGCACAGUGUGCACCUUGUUCUGGAGCUAAGCCUUGCAAAAGCUGGCACGAAGAAGAGAAUCAGACGUUCAUGUUCAGAUUUGAACAUUUUAGGAAUAGUAAUGUUUCCAGCUAAAUUAAUGGGGGGAGGGAAAAACCUUAACUAAAAAAGCAAUAAGGCAGUAAAUGUUCCAAAUUAGGGCAAGCAUGAAUUAUAAAAAUACCGAUUUCUUUUGCUUCCCUCAGACAACAGUGGAUCAAAUUAAGACAUGUAAGCAGACUAAACAUGCUGAUUAUAUUCUGCUGUAGUUACAUAUUUUACUAAUUCUACUCAUGAUUAUAAAAGGAUGUUUCGUUGUUCACUAUAACUGUUAUCUCAAGAAGAGUCUGUCUAUAAUUUUAUUUAUAAUUGGCAUCAUUUUCAUUACUGUUGUUACAAAGUGUAUACAAUAUUGUCUGUAUUGCAGCUUGUAUAGGGCAUGUGUCUGUGCUUGCUUUACUCUUUGAGUUUAUAAAGUUACUAUACAAAUGCAAGAAAAGAUGUUCAGAUAUCUUUGAAUGUGGUUGCUUAAUCUAAUUACGUAGCCCCCAGUGUUUCAGCAUCUAGCUGUUGAAGGUAUCAGCCUUAUUAACACAUAACACCUCAAACAUUGAUGCAGGUUUUUUGAAAGCCUCCAGUGCAGCACUGGAAUGCUGACACUUCCAUCCCAGUGGCUGUACGGAGUAAAGGGGAGGAUGGUGAAUAUCUGGGCAAAGCUGGAUACCACUGGGGACUCUGCAGGGAGAAGGCACAAGAUAUCUAAGAGCAAAUGGGAUGUGCUUUCUGUAGAAAACAUGAAGGACCUUAAGAGCAGGACCACCACAAAGCAGAGGAGAGAAGGGAAUACCUUUAUAGCAUCGCCUUCAACAGUAUACAAAGUGUAGGACAUCUAGAACAGGCCGUGACUGUUCUGUAACUUAGCAAUUACUUCCAGUCUAUGUAGAGUAUCAGUAAAGACAUUCCAGGUUAGUUAUCAUCAUCUUUAAAGCUUAUUCUGUGCUUUGCAACAGUAUCUUUAAUAAAAUACUCUUACAAAUCUGCUUAUUAUUCUGAUUUAAUUCCAUCUUAUACCUGAGUUGAUAACAGUCCUGGCAACAGGGUGAAGGUACCGCCCGCUUCAUUGGCUCCUGUGUUUUUCCCAUUCACCUGCUAAUGACAAGAGGGAAAACAGAUGAAUAAUUAUCAAUCAUAGAAAUGAGAAAACAAGAGGAAUUCAUAUCAUACGGUCAUUCAAUUAUUAUAAAAAUUGUUCACACUAAGCAUAUCAGUAAAUCUGAGAGAUUAAUCACAUACUGAUCUCUGAGUAAGAAGUAUUGGUCUUUGCCUGUGUUUACAGUACACCAUUUAUCUUGUUUAAAACUUAGCAUAAUUUUCCAGCUUUACAGUUACUGCCAAUUAUUGCAGUAUAUUGUUUAACCCCAUCAGAGCAGUUCUAGAUAAAAUUCUCUGUUUUCAUUUAUUUACCCCCUGGACCAUAUAGAGUAUCCUUUUAAUAUCUUCAAACAAGCCCAAGCAGAGUUCAGGUACAUUAACAGAUAAUAUUAGAAUUCAGAAUAAUACUGGCAAACUGCAGAUGGGAUCUGAAAAUAUAUUAUUUAAUAGGAACAAGUGCAAGCUGGAACCAUUAGCUAUGCAAGUAAAGGAACAGCUGCUAAAUUUCUUAGAAUCCUAGAAUGGUUUGGGUUGGAAGGGACCUUAAGGACCAUCUCAUUCCAGCACCCCUGCCAAGGGCAGUGACACCUUUCACCAGACCAGGUUGCUCAAAGCUCCAUCCAACCCGUCCUUGAACACUCCCAGGGAUGGGGCAGCCACAGCUGCUCUGGGAAACCUGUGCCAGGGCCCCACUCAUCCUCACAGGAAAGGAUUUCUUCCUUAUAUCUGAACUAAAUCUACCCUUUCAAUUGAAAAGAACUGAUGCCUUAUUUUGGAUCAAAUUCUGAGAAUUAAUCUGCAACAUCAUGAUGUUGCAAAUAAAGGAAAAACUGAAAUGUAGAAACUGGAGUGUCAUCUGCUUCUUCAGAACCACCAAGGCAAGAGCUGGUGACGACUCCAGUUUUGAGUUUGAGCAUAGCACUUGAAAACUAAGAUACCAGGUGCAUGCAGAGAAUCCAGGAGAAAGCAGUGAAUGUCUGGAAACCAAGAAGACUUUGCUUCUGAGUAGAAGUUGAGUAAUUUAAAGUCAUUUUACUGAAGAGAUGGUGGAAGGAAAACACAAUAAAUUUCAUAUAAAAAUCUGGUUGCAAAGAAAAAUGGCACAACUGUUUCUCAUAUCCAAAGUCAAUAUGAAUAAAAAUAAUUACCUUAAAUUGCAAGAAAGGAAAUCUUGGUUAAACACAAAAUGGGAAUAAAUGACCUGUUGAGGUAAUUUCUGAUCUGAUUCUGUGAUUGCUGGAAAACAUUUUGCUUUAAAGUCACUUGCUUAGGACUGUCAGUAGAGCUGGUACUAGCCACAAGAAAAGGAGGGUGCAGUUAAAGGAAUAAAGAACUCACUGUCUAAAAUGCACAGCACACUAGAUUAUCUAGUUAGUACUAGUGAUACUAACUUCAGCUUUUAAUCAUAUCUUAGCAAACUGUUGAAAGUCUAUGUAAAUAAAUGUGCUUAAAACCCACUUAAUUAUAAAAUAAUUAUUCCUUGAAGCAUCAAGCAUUAGUUUAAUCAGUGUUGACAACUUCCAUGAUUUUAUUGAGUCUAAUCAAUCUCAGGCAGCCUGAUUUCAGUCAUAAGAUGGUGUAACGAGCUAUUCUGUUUAUUAAAAGAAAAAUAGACCUGCAAAUUACAUGGAAAAUCCUAAAAGUGUAAUCUGAACAUAUGGUAAAAAUGAAAAAGCCAGGAGAUGAAUAAAGCCACUAGGUUUAUAAUUUUAGGUGAUCUGACUCACGAGUUUUGAACUCCUGGUUUGGCAGUAUGACAUUACAGUGCCCUAUAUUUUGCUCUUGUAUUUCCAUAGUUCCGAUCACACAUUUGUGUAAUUUGCCAAAAAACACAUUAUACAAAUUUGAAGCACUUUAUUUGUUAUUCACAAAAACAAAGGAGCACUUAUAUAAGUAAGAUGAUGUCUUGUGGCUGCUUUUUAAAUUACCAAGGAGCAGCUGUGCACAAAACCUGGAGGUAUAUAAAUACAAAGUAAGUUACAUAGCUCCCCCACAUACACUGUGAUUUUUAAUGCAACACCUUGUUAGAAGAAUCUUGUCAUUUUAUACUCUGGUAGUUCUUGUCUGAAUUCCAAGUACCAGACUUACAUUCACAAAUAUAAACAAGAUGAAGAAUUUCAGUGGGGAAAAGGUAUUGUGACAAAGUAUUACUAGAUGUUAGAAUAGCAGUUGCUUAGACUUUUCUGAACUGAUUGCUGUAUUAUGAAAGAAUCCAUUCUCACCUAUACAAUCUGAUCUGUGCAAUUUUUGGGAUAGUUUUACAAGGGAAAGGGUUAUUAGGGAAAGGGAUACCAGAAUUUAAGGUCUAAGAUCUUCUGACUGCCAAACCUGGAAAAAUCAUUCAUUGCAUUUCAACUUUAUCUUAAUGAUCCAAGUGGCUGAUGUCUGAUUGAAUGUAACUUGGGCUCAGUCCUAUUUUUAUACUCCAUUGCCUUAUGAAACACGUGGGGGAAAAAAAAAAAUCUUCCUUUUAUCAUGAUAAAGAUAAGGGUUGAGUUCUCAGUUCUGCUCCAGAUACCGAGCUCUUGCUUCACUGGAGAAAUCUAAACAUCAUCUUCAUUUCUGGCUGGGUGGUGUAAUGGAGAAUAGCCUACAGCGGAUUACAUAACACUGCAAAACAGGAAACAUGGGUGCAUAAUCAAUCCUAAACACAAAUAAAUGGAUCAGAAAGAGGCCUGCCACUGCCAGAGGUGCCAAACUGCUGCUCUGGAAGUUGCUGUGAAAAUAUGGCUUACAGAUUCAGGAUGAGGGAAUAACAGCAAAUGUUUUGUUGAAGGGAAAAUCAGACUUGUGCUGAAGUCCUCCCCAUAAAGCUCACUCUUUAAUUUCUGAACCAGUUGGUUUGGCUCACCUGUUCCAUGAUUGCAUAUGAAGCAACAUAAAAGGGAAUCAUGUGGCUCUUCCCAUACGAGAGGAUGAGUACAUGGAUGAUGUUGGUUCCCAAACUGCUGACAAAAAGCAGGUUGGUAAUAGCUCUGCUGAGAAGAGAGAAUAUGUCUAAUGAGGUUUUCGAGGUUGCUCCCUCUCGUUAGACUGGACUUUCUCUAAGGCCAUUAGUAAGAGGUGAUGGCAAGAACAUCCUGUGAACUUCUGACUGAAUAGGAAUGAAAGUUAAAAAGCAGCUGUGACCUAGACAUCAUUGCACAGAAGAAAACAGCACCCAGCUGGAAAAGAAAUACUUCUGCAACAGGCUAAACAGCCUCAGUCCAGAGACCUUUGGAUUUUUCCUUAGGAUGUCUCUUUACACCAGUAGCAUUAAGAUGGUGUGCUCAUGUGUUCCUUCAAGACUUUUUCUCGAGAUUUACUACAGCAAAACAACUCAAAUGAGGAAGUAAACAGGACUGAGAGAGUACUCUCAGGGUGAGCAGUAAUCCAGUCAAUGCAAACACCUCUUCAGCAGGUUAACAUCACAUGCGGGUAUCAGCACAACCAUAUCAGGGCCACACUAGUUACUGGGCCAAGGAAACACCCAACAAGUUUUCUCUGGAGCUGUUUUAUAUAUUUUGUGCCUGGGCUGAUAAAAAUAUAGUUAAAAGCUUUGUGCCAAAUAAAGGAAAUGUCACUUCUAAAUUGGAUAAACCUUGUUCAACUUCAGCUAUAGUUAAAUGAGACAUCAGAUUAAUUUUGCUGCAAAGACUUUAUUGUGUUAAUCAAUAUUGUGUUAUGUCCUACUCCACUUGUUUUCUCCAUCUACUGUUUCUAUAAAUAUGUUUUUGAGGCAGGAGUCUUCUUUUUACUCUGGAAUAACAGAGUCUGAGUUUGUACUGCAGCUAUUAAAACAGGUUUCUUGUGCAUUAUUAGUGUUCCUAAGGGACAGUCCUCACAAGGAUACAAAUAAUAAACAACAUCAACUUUUCAGCUGAAA